AUGCAGAAAAACGAAGGAACCCCUCUCUUCUGGUUCGAAACUUCCAACUCCGUCUGUAUCCGCCACCAAUUUCAACCCGACGGUCAUCUCUCAGUAAUUCUUGUUGAUGAUUCUAGACCCUUAUAUCAAAAGCUUGCUGGAUCUUUCAUGAACAAGUUUUUCCCCUCUGGUUAUCCAUUCAGUGUAAAUGAAGGCUAUCUUAGAUACACGCAGUUUCGAGCUGUGCAACAUGUUACCAGUGCUGCAAUGUCAGUGCUUUCAACUCAGUCACUGCUAAUUGCUGCAGGGUUGCGGCCGACUCCUGCUCAGGCAACUGCUGUUAGCUGGAUUUUAAAGGACGGAAUGCAACAUGUAGGAAAGAUAAUAUGUAGCAAUUGGGGUGCAAGAAUGGAUUCUGAGCCUAAGCGAUGGAGGUUGCUGGCUGACGUGCUUUAUGAUUUGGGCAUGGGCUUGGAAGUGCUUUCUCCGUUAUGCCCACAUCUUUUUCUUGAAAUGGCAGGCCUAGGAAAUUUUGCCAAGGGGAUGGCUGUUGUUGCAGCCAGAGCAACACGAUUGCCUAUAUAUUCAUCGUUUGCAAAAGAGGGAAAUCUCAGUGACCUAUUUGCUAAAGGGGAGGCUUUUUCAACUCUCUGUAAUGUUGUGGGAAUUGGAAUUGGAAUUCGGUUAGCUUCUACUAUCUGUGCAUCAAUGCAGGGAAAGUUGGUCAUUUGUCCUCUCCUUUCAGCUAUACAUAUAUACUCCGUGUCUGAAGAGAUGAGAGCUACUCCUAUCAAUACUUUGAAUCCACAAAGAAUUGCAAUGAUAGUGACUGAUUUUCUCAAGGCAGGAAUCGUAUCAAGCCCUGCUGACCUAAGAUAUAAGGAGAAUCUACUUUUCCCUGUGAGACUCAAAGAAGAUGCUGGAAAUGAGAAGUUUCUUUUAAAUCGAGGGGAUAAAUGCAUUGACAUGGUAUUGAAACAAGAUGCUAGUGGUGAAGAUGCAUUGAGAGGCUGGCUAGUUGCUGCAUUUGCUGCACAGAUUGAGGGUUCUUCCCAUGAGCUUAGUGCUAGUGUUCUGCAAGACGCCUACGACAAAAUGAAUGGAGUCUUUCCUGUAUUUUUAAAAGAAUUACAGAGCAAAGGGUGGCACACUGAUCGUUUUCUGGAUGGAACCGGUAGCCGCUUCACAUUUUAG